GACAACCGUCCCUUUCACCCACUUCAACAUUUCUUCUAAAUAGUAUAGCACGAAAAAACCACCUCUGCUUAAGGGAUUGACACUGCAGAUGCGUGGGAAAAAACACAACGACGUAACUUCUGACCCCGUGGGCACUAACGUGGAACUGACCAACCGCCCGGGGCGCGGGGGAAACCCACAAUGGGCGCGGAUUUCUCCGGAAGGACACGCCGAUCGGGUACCCACUGCCAAAUCUGGUUCCGCACCAGGAAUGGGCGAUCCGGAGAAGAAGGACGAUGCCCGACACCUACUGCAGGAGGCGGUUCAUAAGGAAGAACUCUCCAUAGGCGACGGGAGCGAGAUUUUAGUCACGAAGCCCGGCGACCUUAAUAUCGACGGUCUCCGUGCACGAAUUGAGGCACUCAGGAAGCUGUACGCUGCACACGACAAGAGCAUUCCCUCCCGCAGAAAUUUGCUUGCCUCCCUCGCGGCCGACGUCCUUGAACUUGGCCCAACCUAUAUAAUCGAUUCCAUGGACUGCGACAACCUCGAGAGGAACCGUUUCAUUAGCAUCUUCAAACGUGACAAACUUGGAAGAGCAACAGAGGCUGACUUGAGAAUCAUCGGAACGAGCGACAAGCUAAUUCAAGGGGGAGAUGCGCUUGCAGAUGCCUUUCUGUAUACAGGAGCCUGCCCCAGACGAGAUUUCACGGUUUAUAAGAAGUUGUACGGGUUUCUCCCGGAAACAGUGAGAAGGAUUAGUGAGAAAUCACACAGAUUGUUCUUUUGAGGGAACAAUAAUUCCAGCUAAUAUCGUCCAGGGCACAACCCGACCAUCCACAUUUUGAGUACACACGCAGGAGACCUCGCUGCAGAGCAACCGAUUCAUGGCGACAAAUUCUACCAACUUUUUGCCGACUUUGUUCGGGCCUUUCAGGAAACAGGGAACGGAUUCGAAACGAAUUACGCGGGUUGCAAACCAACGGACACGACAUACGCAUACCGAGCUCUCGUACACUGCAUUUCUGAAGAUGUUAGGGCCGCCGUGGGCAGCUCUUAGGCAAAGUUUGUUCAAUGGGACCUUUCUUAUAUCUGUUGGUUGGUAACGGUUGGGGAGUUUGUAUUUCAAUUUUACUGGGGAUUGGGAGAUGAAAUAGACCUCAACCGCCGCCACUCAGGAAAGGCCAAUACAUCUUUUGCUACGACCUAUUCUGAUCCGUUCCAACCUUAUGCCAAUUCCCCUCCUCUCUGACCCAAAGGAAUCAUGACUGGAUGGCUACGCUGGAGACUAACAGGGGGAGUGAAAACUCAAGCAUUCUAAUAUCUCCUUCCCCCGGCUUGUUGGUCCCAACAGUGCAUCCCCUUUGAUUGAGCUAACGCUGUUGGUCUUUCUGCCCUGAUGUCCAAGUGAAGCCGUCCAAGAUAAAAGAAGCACACACUCCCAGACACCAGGGGGCUUAAUCCACUCGUUGAAUAGAGAUCCGCCAUCGGAUCCAAGGUACUGAAAAUCACCGGUUCUCCGACCCCACCUAACUAUCCGGAGACCUUCCCGGAGGUGCCGAAGGAUUUGUAAAGCUUAGAUGCAUGAUUGGUAACCGUGAUGGAAGGUUCUGGAGGGUGUUUCCUAUGAAUGUAUUUUAGAUUGGUCCUGGAGGCCAUGGGAAUGAACGGCACGAGGUAGCAGCAUGGACGGUGAUUGGUUAAGAAAGCGGGGUAGACUGAGGCUGAUAGAAUCUUAGAGAAAAAACCAAGAGAAGGGGGGAAGGAAAAGAGUCGGAUAUGUUGUAGAUUAAGGAGAGAUGUUCGGGACAGGGGGGAAGCAAUCACACAAGUGUAUAUAAAGAUAGGUGUUCCUUUGGGGGAGAAAUGAUGAAGGCAAGAUAAAUCAG